AUGGAGUCAUUGGAGUGGAGAGAGGUUUCAGAAUUUCAAGAGGAGGAUGCGUUUGGAGAUGAUCGACGAGAGGAGGAUUCUGAUGGAGAAGAUCGACGGCAACGAGAUGAUUACAACAUCGAGAAAGCAUUGAUGGAGCUUGCUGAUGAAGAUCCUGUGCUCCACAAUGUGUACCCUGAAACGGACGACGACGAAGCUGGAACUCAACGCACAAUUGCUGUUCCUAAUCAUCCUGGUGCUCGACGAGGUGGUUCUCAAAAAGGCGACUUCGACAGAGGGUUAGGAAACUUGUUUGAAGGACAAGUGUUCUUCAAUGAAGUGGCGUUUAAAGAGGCUGUGCUUGAUUAUGCUCUCAGGAUCGGCAGAAACAUCAGACAGUGGAGGUAUGACAAAACUAAACUGACCUACAUAUGUCGAGGUAAGUCUGAAAAUGGUGAUAAUUGUGCUUGGAGGAUCUAUUGCUCAACUACGGGAAAGACAGUUAAGUGGCAGGUUAAGAGUUUUGAACAAGCUCAUAGCUGUGUUCCUAAUGGCGCUUGUGAGAUGCUAAAGGGUCCGGUGAUUGCUCAUCUGUUUCUUGACAAAAUCCGGGAAGAACCAAAAUACUAUAUGCCAAUGAAGAUUGAACAGUUGAUUUUGGAAAAAUGGAGGAUAAAUGUGACAAGUAAUCAGUGUCAAUCGGCUAGGAACAAAGCUCUGAGAUGGAUCCAAAGAGAGUAUGAUGAGCAGUUUGCUAGGCUUCGUGGUUACUGCCGUGAGAUAGUUGACGCAAAUAUAGGAUCAACGGUGGCUCUAGAAUGCAUUCCCAACGAUCAAGGCUUAGAUGUAUUCAACAGAUUCUAUGUCUGUUUUGAUGUGAUAAGAAGAUCAUGGAAGGACACUUGUAAGCCGAUUAUAGGUCUUGAUGGAUGCCAAUUGAGAGCAAAGAUGAAGGGUCAGUUAUUGGUUGCUAUGGGUCGAGAUGGGGAUAAUGAUAUUUAUCCAAUAGCAUGGGCGUUUGUACCAGCUGAAACAAAGGAUAAUUGGCUGUGGUUUGUGAAGAAACUUAAGAUUGAUUUGGAUUUGAAAAAUGGAGAUGGAUACAUUAUGAUGUCUGAUAGGCAUAGAGGACUUAUUGCAGCUGUUGAUCAAGAGCUCCCUCAGAUUAAGCAUAGGAAAUGUGUGAGACACAUAUAUGCCAACAUGAGAGCAUUACAUGGAAAAAAUCCGGAGAUGAAGAAGUUGAUAUGGCGUUUGGCAUUGAGCUACAAUACAACAGAGUAUGAAGAGAAUCUGGACAAAAUCUUCUGCUUCGACUCAGCUGUGCAUGCGAAUUUGAUGAAGACAAAACCAAAAACUUGGUGUAGAGCCUUCCACAAGAUUGGCAAUUUCUGUAAAGAUGUGGAGAACAAUUCCACCGAGUCAUGGAAUUUUUCUAUAGUCAAAGCCAGAGACAAAGCCACUAGUUCCGAUGCUAGAGACAAUUGCAAGGAUGGCGAUGGUAAGAAUUGCAAAACGGAGUUACAAAGCAUUGGAUUGGCAAAGUGGGAGAUCAUAGGUAUUCCUUGUGAGCAUGCAUAUGCUGUCAUUAUCAACAAGAAGCUGCAGGCAGAGGAUUAUGUAUGUCACUGGUUUAGGACAGCCCUGUGGAGAAGGACUUACCAGGAAGGGAUAACACCAAUGAGAGGUGCAAGAUUUUGGCCUGCAGUAGAAGAACCAUCGGUGCAUCAACCUCCAAGGCCUGAAUCACCUCGUCGAAAGAAAGGAGAAACCAUGAAGCUAACCAUAGUUCAAGGUGGCAUUAUAAGAAAAAUAAAAAGGGAUUUCAAGGAGUCUUCGCAGACUGACUCUACUCCGGUUCAGACUUUGCAGAUUGAGUCUUCACAAGGGAUUCUGACACAGCAAGGUGAUUGA